AUCUUUCUAAAUUCUUGCCUCUAUUUAGCUUUACUGUGUCAUCAAGAUCAUCAUUCCUUCAUGGAGACGAUUGAAUUGAAGGUGGAGAUGGUUGGCAUACACGAUAGAAGAUUGAGGAAGUGCCUGUCAAAACUGAAAGGGAUAGAAAAAGUAGAAGUGGAUGACGAUUGUCAGAAAGUAGUGGUGACAGGUUAUGCACAUAGAAACAAAAUAUUAAAAGCAGUAAGGAGAGCUGGUUUCAAAGCAGACUUCUGGUCUCCACAAAAUGAUCUACUUAAUGCAUAUGCCUAUGGAAGCUUAAGAUUCAACAACUUCAAUUUCUCCUAGAAAUAUCGAUUUUUCCUUUUCUUUUUUUGCCUUUCCAGUUCUCUAUAUAGGAGGAUACACCAAAGAAUAUGUUUUUUGUCUUUCUCAUUUUGCAUUUCUAAACAGAGGUGAUACAGUGGGAAUGGAAGAUACUUAAAUUUAUCAGUUUCUUGAUUUUUGGUCUGAAAUGGAUACUUUUAUUGGGGAAACAAGCUGAACGGGGCUGCACACUUGCUUGUAGUUUAAGUUAGAGAAUCUAACACGAAGUUUAGAAUCCUUUUCUUAUGAGUAUCCCACAUCGAAACAAAAACAAAGAUUAAACCACUUUAUUAAUCAGAACAAAUUGAAAACCAGCUGCCGAGCUUGGAAACUCAAGCUUGUAACCCAAGUGGGGGCAUUAUGGUGUUUGGACGUUAUUCAAGCCCAACCGACUGGAUUCAGGUUUGCUACUCGCUGGCCUGCCCAUUCUAAGCAAGGAAUUGUGCAUUGUAGUCCAAGCGAAAGCAUGGGCUGCUUAGCUCUUAAAGCGGAGGGGACUGCGUCAGGCUGGUUUCACAGAGCAGCGAGAACCUCCCGUUCUUUGCAGUGGAAGGAUAACGGGCCACUGCUUCCUGAUCCAUUGUAGUCAGAUGGGUUUGUUCUAAUCGGACAUUCACUUUUAUCAAUUUUUUUUUUCUUUUGCCAAACUGUAAAAUCGUACAAGCCGAUUCUGUUCUACUCCAGCUAGGGGAAAUCCUGU